AUGUACGUGCUAAUUAUGAAUAAUUCGAAAGCUUUACAUCAUGAGAAAGGUGGAGCAACAUGUCGAAGAGAAAUACAAAGGAUAUUCUCUGAGACGACUGCACCACGAACACAGCUGAUGCUGCCGUUUUGUUCAAUUCUUGCUGUAAUUCUCGUCGGUGGUAAUCUUGCCAGAGCAGAAAUCUGCCCUCCUGGUGGCUUUGGUAGAGAACUGAUGGACGACAGAAUCAGGGCUACAUUUCUACACAUGACUAACAACUACCGCUCCAUCAUAGCUCGUGGUGAAGGAAUAAUGAGUGCUGGUAUAAGAGCUCCUCCUGCUUCGCAGAUGAGGAGAAUGGAAUAUGAUUGUGAUGUGGAGGAAAAGGCAGUAGAAGCUGCUUGCAACAUCAACUCGCUGCACAAUUUCAAUCGUAAAGCAUUCGCGAACGUAUACAUGGACCCUAUGGAAGCAGCUCAAAAGGCCGUUAGAGCAUGGUACAGGGAAACAGCAGUAGGCUCAUUGUUGCAAUCACCGGGGCAAGGAAAUCUUUAUCAUCCGAAUCUUGGUAUACCUCACUUCGCAAAGAUGGUUUGGGAAUCUAGCGUGAAGCUGGGCUGCACUGUUGCAAACUGUUAUUCAUCAUAUAAGUUAGCUGUAGUGUGCGUCUAUGAACCGAGUUCAUUUGCUGUUGGCAGGCAGAUCUACGAAAUGGGAAAUACAUGCAGUCGUUGCAAAGAUGUGUGCGGAACAGAUGGUCUCUGCCCUCCAAACUGGUCCCCUUACGGAGGUGUUGCAACAACAACAACAACAACAACAACAACGACAACGACAACGACAACGACAACAACAACACCGGCACCAGCACCAGCACCAGCAACAACAACGCACAUCGGAAUGUGCACCUCUUCUGAUGGACAUGUUGAUACAGAAUGGAUAAACGACGAAGUGAGAAGAGAAUUUCUAUUCAUGACUAACAGUUACCGCUCCCUCGUAGCUCGCGGUAAAGUGGUAAUGAAAGGUAAUGUAAGAGUUAGUCCUGCUUCGAAGAUGAAGAAAAUGGCAUAUAACUGUGAAAUGGAGGUGAAGCUGGCGUCGGAACUCUGUAAUGUCCGGACCGAUCAUUGUGAUGAGGAUGAGGAGAGCUAUGAUGGAAACAUUCAUGUUACCUUUCUAGAAGACGUGCCGUCGCCCAUCUAUGCAGCUCAGAAGGCCGUUAGAAGAUGGUGGAGUGAAAUUCCAUUCGGUACAAUGUUGCAGGGACCAGGUCAAAACAAUCGUUACCAAGAAAAUCUUCGCAUACCAGCUUUUGCAAGGAUGAUUUGGGAUUCUAAUACGAACCUAACAUGCAAUAUAAAGUAUUGUUAUUCGCUGAAAAAAUUGGCUAUUGGAUGUAUCUAUCAGCCGAACUACUUUGCUGUUGGAAGGCCAAUCUACAAGAUGGGUCCUACCUGCAGUCUUUGCAAACAGAAGUGCGACACGAGUGGGCUCUGCGAAGUGUCUUAG